AGGAACUACUCAACCAACCUUUCGCUGUUAUCUUACGCGUUCCGAAAAGUCGCCAUUUUUAACCGUCAACGAUCUGCACAGUCUUCUUUUCAAGCCUCAUCCUCCUUUCUCCAUUUUCAAAAUUUGAUUCAGUGUUGUUUUCAGCUAUAGAUUGAUUCUUCCUUGUAAACUUUGAAGAGCAAUGCCAUUGUUUCAAUUCCUGCUUGUAGUAGUUUUGGUCUGGAAUUCCCUGGAAAAUGGGAGUGCUGGGAUCACCAGUACUUUUAUUCGCUCCGAAUGGCCAUCUACUGAUAUCCCACUUGACAAUCAAGUAUUUGAAAUUCCGAAAGGUCAUAGUGCCCCACAGCAAGUGCAUAUCACUCAAGGGGACUAUGAUGGUAAGGCUGUGAUUAUCUCUUGGGUUACAGCUGAUGAAACGGGUCUUAGUAUUGUGAAAUAUGGUAUAUUGGUGAACAAAUAUGAGUUUAGUGCUCAGGGAACUGUAACCAAUUACACCUUUUCCAACUAUAAGUCUGGCUAUAUUCAUCACUGCCUUGUUGAUAGCCUUGAGUAUGACACCAAGUACUAUUACAAGAUUGGAGAGGGUGAUUCUUCUCGCGAAUUUUGGUUCCGAACACCUCCAAAGAUAGAUCCAGAUGCUCCCUACACUUUUGGUAUUAUUGGUGAUUUGGGUCAAACAUAUAAUUCUCUUUCCACUCUCGAGCAUUACGUGCAGAGUGGGGGACAGAUUGUCUUAUUUGUUGGUGAUCUCUCAUAUGCUGAUAGAUAUCAAUACAAUGAAGUUGGUAUUAGAUGGGACUCAUGGGGCCGUUUUGUUGAGCGUAGUGCUGCAUAUCAACCAUGGAUUUGGUCUGCUGGGAAUCAUGAGAUAGAGUACAUGCCAGAAAUGGGGGAGGUCCUUCCAUUUAAAUCAUAUCUGCAUAGAUUUGCUACUCCUCAUGCUGCUUCAAAAAGUAGCAAUCCUCUUUGGUAUGCUGUACGGCGAGCAUCUGCUCACAUCAUUGUCCUCUCCAGCUAUUCUUCUUAUGUGAAAUAUACUCCUCAAUGGAGAUGGCUUAGAGAAGAGUUGAAAAGGGUAGACAGGGAGAAGACACCUUGGCUUAUUGUUCUCAUGCAUGUGCCUAUCUACAAUAGUAACUUAGCCCACUAUAUGGAAGGUGAAAGUAUGCGUUCUGUGUUUGAGAGCUGGUUUGUCUGCUUCAAAGUUGACCUCGUUUUUGCAGGCCAUGUCCAUGCCUAUGAAAGAUCAUAUCGUAUCUCAAACAUACACUAUAAUGUGUCAAGCGGUGACCGAUAUCCUACACCUGACAAAUCAGCGCCAGUGUACAUAACUGUUGGAGAUGGUGGAAAUCAGGAAGGUCUUGCUGGAAGGUUUUGGGACCCACAACCAGAAUAUUCUGCCUUCCGUGAGGCCAGUUAUGGUCAUUCUACCUUGGAGAUUAGGAAUAGAACCCAUGCAUUCUACCACUGGAACCGAAAUGAUGAUGGCAGAAAAGUACCGACUGAUUCAGUAAUAUUCCACAACCAAUACUGGGCAAGCAAUCUGCACAGAAGGAGACAUCUUAAGGUUGGAGGACAUGCUGGUUGCUGAAAGUAGUUGAAUGGAAAACUGAUUUAUUCUUAUAUGCUGUCUUGUGCAUAUUGGGACUGCUGAAUAUUUUGCAAUCUUGGUAUUCACCAAUCCAUGUGGACAGAUUGGAAGGUUUGGUCGACUUGGACAGUUCAGUCAGAGAAACAUUUUAGCCAUCUGCAGGUUGCAGCCUUGCAGGAAACAACUAUCAUGUAUUUCCCAGCUACAGACUUUUCACACAGCAUAGAAAAGAAUGUCAAAAUCUUAGACGUUAAUCUGUAUCAUAUUGUUGUUAUAAUAUUUUGCACUCUAUUGUACUUAAUAUAAUAUGCUGCACUUUAUUCUAGUAUUUUUGAAUUA